AUGUCAUCUUCAACUUUUACACUCAAAGGACAAAGUCUAAAAUGUGAUACUGCUGAAGAAAUUUCGGUUCAUCUUGAAGCUUUAAAGUCAGAUGAUCAAGUAACAAAGGUAGUAGUGGGUGGCAACACUUUCGGUAUUGGUGCAUGUGAAGAACUUGGAAACGUUCUCAAAGAAAAGGAACGCUUGGUGGAAGCAGACUUGGCGGAUAUCUUCACCGGUCGAUUGAUUUCAGAAAUUCCACAAGCUUUAUCAUCACUUUGCAAUUCACUUUUAAACCUCAACAAUCUCACCAUCAUCGAUCUUUCCGAUAACGCAUUUGGUGGAAGAUGUGUAGACUCUAUGGUCCCUUUUCUUUCUUCUCAUUUACCUUUGGAAGAACUUAGACUUGCGAACAAUGGUCUUGGUCCAGCUGGUGCAACCGUCAUUGCUGAUGCACUUUAUGAACUUGGUCUUAAGGCUCGUCAAGCUAAUCAACCUAGUCGACUUCGUAAAAUUAUUUGUGGUCGUAAUAGAUGUGAAAAUGGAUCGGCUAAAUCUUGGGGUCGAGUUUUCGAAGUUCAUAGUGAAUUAACCGAAGUUAGACUAUUUCAGAAUGAUUUUCGUAAUCAUGGUUGGGAUCCUCUUAUGAGUGGUUUAGCUUGUUGUUCAAAACUCGAGGUAUUAGAUAUGUGGGAUAACACUGCCACUGAAAAAGGAUCUCGGGCUGUGGCUAGUGCACUUCCUCAACUCAAAAACUUACGUGAACUUAAUUUGGGUGAUUGUUUAUUGAGACCCCGGGGUGGAGCAAUGAUCGCUAGAGCUUUGAAACUUGGGAAUAAUUCGAAGUUGGAAUUACUCAAGUUAUCAGGUAGUGAAAUUGAUGAAGAGGUGGUCGGUUUAUUGGUGGAUUUUGUGACUGGGUAUGGAUCCAAGUUGAAAAGGGUGGAGCUGAAUGAUAACUUUGGUGAUGCUGAAGCUGCGGAAGAGUUGACGGGCGUGUGGGGUAACAUGAAGAAAGCUUUGGAUACGUGGGGUAAUGAAGCUGAGAUGGAUGAACUUGAUGCGAUCAUUGAGGCAGAUUCAGAUGAAGAAGAUGGCUCGGAGGGUGAAGAAGAUAAAGAAGAUGACGAAAGUGAAGUUGCAUCUGGUGUAUCGCAACCAGCUGAAGCAACCGAAACUGAGCAGGAAACCCCGGCGUCUAUCCCUACCGAGGAGCAACAUGAAGAGGCUGUAGCACCUCAGCCUGAACCUCAGGUAUCUUCAUCUGUUAUCGCAUCUGGUGUAGCAAAACCAACCGAAAUUGAACAAAAAACUGCCGCGUCAAUUCCUGUCGAUGAGCAACAUCAGGAGGCUGUAGCACCUCAGCCUGAACCUCCAGCACCUGCACCUCAAGUAUCUUCAUCUGUUACUGAGCCUGUACCGGCGCCUGAACAGACCAUCAAGGCAGUCCCGCAAGAAUCGACAUCCGAUGCGAUUCCAACAGAGGCAUCAACUUCUAAGCCGACAGUUGAAGUGGCGCCAUCCCAACCAGAAGUUUCAAAAGAUGAGAACAGUAGCACAUUACACGACUUGUUAAUACAAACGAUGAAAGCCUUGAAGCUCACAUAA